AUGGGUCUUCUGUCGGUUUUGUUGAUCGGCUGUGUUUUACUUUUUGCCUCCGAAACCUUUGCGCUUGCAUGUUCACCAAUGUUAUUGGUGAACAUGCAAUCCGACUUGGUUUUCCCCUUCCAGAAGACCUUGCCGCUUGGACUCCCACUUGCCGAUCGGCGGGAUUUCGUGCGAUCAGGAGAGACUGUUUCUCGUCACUUUAACCUCGUACUGUUGGCGGUGUUGCGAUUGCACGAUGAGUUGUUGAAGAAACCCCAGCCAGUGACUACCACAUGCACUGAUUCACGAUGGAGUUGCUUCGAGAACUGCCUUGGGGCAUUGGAUGGCACGUACAUCAAGGUGAACGUGCCGCAAACCGAUAGGCCUAGGUAUAGAACACGUAAGGAAGAAGUUGCCACAAACUUCGUCGGUGUGUGUGAUACGAAAGGCGACUUCAUCUUCGUAUUGGCUGGUUGGGAAGGAUCCGCAGCAGAUUCGCGCAUUCUUCAAGUUGCUAUUGCACGACCAAAUGGGCUGCAUGUUCCUCAGGGUUAUUACUAUCUAUUCGACGCCGGAUAUCCCAAUGCAAAGGGAUUUCUAGCUCCCUAUAGAGGACAAAGAUACCACUUGCAAGAGUGGCGAGGAGCGGGAAAUGCCCCUGCCACCGCGAAAGAGUACUUCAACAUGAAACAUUCUGCCGCUAGGAAUGUUAUUGAACGAGCGUUCGGGUUGUUGAAGGGUCGAUGGGCAAUCCUUCGCGACAAAUCGUACUAUCUUGUGCAAAUUCAAUGUCGAACAAUUCUAGCAUGUUUCCUACUACACAAUCUCAUCAUUCGCGAGAUGACAAAUGUCAGUUUCGUUGACGACGUUGACGAAGGAGACUCCACGUACGCCACGAUUGGAGGUGAUGACAUUCAGUUCGUGGAGAACUCAAACGAAUGGACGCAGUGGAGGGAUGAUUUGGCCGGAGAGAUGUUCAAUGAAUGGCAGUUGCGUAACGAAUAGGCUUUCGUGUCGAUUUUGUAUUCCUGUACUUGUAUUUAGUUAGUAUUGGGUGUGUCUUCCUGUACGCUUAAAUGUAUGCAUGCAGUAUGAAAAACGAAUUUGACAAUUUUGGCUUCUUGUGUAUUUUAAUAAUUAUUCCUUCCUGUUUAUUGAAGAUACUUAAACAAAUGCAU